GAGCAUCAUCAUCAUCAUAGUGUCAAACGGUCAAUGAUGGAUUCUUCAGUCAGAGGGCUCUUAUGGUUCAUACUCAUCCUCUGUACUCUGCCGCACCUCACCUGCAACAUGGUCUGCCCAAACAGCUGCCUGUGCAACUUUAAUGGCGCCGUCAUGUGUGUUGGCUACGCCCUCACAGAUAUACCAAAGCAGCUGCCUUCCCACACAUACAUGCUGUUCCUAAAUGACACAAACAUGAAUGUCAUAAAUGAGCAGAGCCUGGCAAACCAGGACCUCCUGUUGCGCUUCAGUUUGACUCACAGCCAUCUACACACCAUCCAUCCCCAGGCCUUCCACGUCGCUCCACAGCUCAAGUCCGUCAAGCUGUCAUCCAACGAUCUCUCUACACUUCCUGCUCGAGUGUUCAGUCCUCUGACCGCUCUGGAACAGCUGUAUAUUGAUGAAAACCAGUUGGAGACCAUUGCUCCAGAAAUAUUUGACGGACUUGUUGGGUUACAGCAUCUGGACCUGAGACACAACAAACUGACUAGUCCUGCUUCAGAUGUUUUUGAUGGACUGACCAACCUCACCUUACUGAACCUUGGCAAGAACUCCAUAAAGUACCUUCCACCUAUCAUCUUUCACUCCUUACCCAAACUCCGUAGCCUCUCGAUCUAUAAAAACGAGCUUGAGGUGCUAGAAGAUGGGAUAUUUGAUGAACUUGUCAACCUUGAGGAGCUUAAACUCCACCACAACCAGAUAGCCAGCCUCCCACCUCAGGUUUUCUGGUCACUGAGGAACCUGAAGACCCUCACCUUGUCCUCCAACCGAUUUCAGACUAUCCCGGAAAAAAGCUUUUAUAACAUGCCCAUGCUGAGCCAUCUUACCAUUUACAACAACCCGCUGCUAUCUUUACCAGACGAGCUGAUGGGUCACAUGCCUGAGAUGAAAGAAUUUUAUCUAUAUAAUACUAAUCUCACUACCGUUCCUGGAAACUUAUUCGCUAAUAUGUCUGGGCUGCUGAGGCUUAAUUUCCAUUUAAAUUACAAACUGAGGGAGUUGCCUUCAGACCUUUUUUGCUGUCUUCCUGUCCUUCAGAAACUCUCGCUGAAAUCCAACAACCUCCAUCAUCUACAUCCUCAGCUCUUCUCCAGACUAACCAAACUGGGCCUGUUGUUUCUAAAUGACAAUAAGAUUCAGAAUAUACCAGAAAACAUUUUUCAGGGCCUUGGAGAGCUUUUGACCAUCGAUUUGAAGAAGAACCACCUCAAAAAUCUUCCAGGACAUAUUUUCUUACCAAAUACAGCUUUGAGGUCUCUUACACUGAGUGACAACCCCUGGGAUUGUACUUGUGGUAUCCGAGGUAUUGCAAGAUGGAUAAGACAUAAUCAACAUGUGGUCAUAGACAAAGAGGAUGUGAUGUGUCAAAGUCCAAUGUACCAACUGCUCCGUACGAUUGUCUCUCUGCGUGAUGAGGACUUCAACUUCUGUGAUACUACAACAGUCCCAAGUUUUCCUACACUGAACGAGUUGCAUGAGCCAGCACAACCAUUCCACACCAUUUCAACAAUUGGACAAAAAACAGCUUCAACAACCACACUACCUGGAGCAACAUCAGCCACCACUGAAGGAGCUACCCAACAAGCCACCAUCCCAGCAACCACCAAACCUGCAGAUUCAACCACCUCAGAAGCCACAACACACUCAACAUCCCUCCACACCGUAAGCACCACUCUACCUAGUGAAGAGUUUCUUCUCAUUUCUGAGACUGACUCAAUUUAUCCUAAGUCAGCUCCUUUCUAUGACAUACUGGUGGUUGAACAGGGGCCAGAGUUUGUUCACCACAACUUUCACAGGGGCUGGGUGUAUGUGUGGUUUCUGCCCUCAGAUACAACCUUGGCUGGCUCCUACAUGUUUUGUCAUAUCCUUCUUGUGGCUGCAGGCUUGUUCCUCAUUCUUGCUGCCAUGUAUAGUAUCUAUCGCCUCGGCAAGACCAUGGAUAAGCUGAAGGCUCAGCGCACACAUAAUGAAGGGGAAAAAAUGGACCUGCCACUGACCCUUCCUGUGGUCCUACUUCUCUGCGCCCUUAAUGCUGUUGUUUGGGCAUGUCCGGAUCAGUGCAAAUGUCAAGGAACCAAGAUCCUCUGCAGUGGCCUCUCUGACUUCCCCACAGCUGUUCCCUCAUCUACCACUGCCCUCUACUUCUCCAACUGCAGUAUCUACUCUCUGAAGCCAGAAGACCUGACUGAUUUCUCUAAUGCCCUUGGCAUCUUUGUGAUUAAAGACACUGUUCUGAGAGAAGUGCGCCCUGGCACACUCGAUUCCACCCUGAAUAUGGGUGCUCUAGGGUUUAGUGGCACUGAACUGCAAGAUCUUCCUGAGGCUUUGUUUCAAAAUCUUCAGAAGCUUGAGUCUCUGAAUCUGAAGAGCAACAGACUUCUGGUACUACGCCCUAAGUGGUUUUCCACACUGACAUAUCUGAAAGCUCUUGACCUUAGUAAGAACCUUUUCACCUCUGUACCUGUGGAAACCUUUCACCCUCUUACCGAGUUAAAUUACCUUUUUCUUUCCGGAAACAACAUCAGUCAACUGUCUAGAGAGACAUUCAAGGGUCUUUCUAACCUUAAAACCUUGCGACUUAGUAAAAAUUCGCUGCGGGAACUUCCUAUGGGCAGUCUGGAUGACCUUGGAAACCUGGAGGAACUAUCUCUAAAUGACAAUCUAAUCACUCAGCUCCACCAUGACCUGUUCUCUAAGACUCCAAAGCUUGAGAAGCUGUUCCUCUCUCAUAACAGGCUUACAUCUCUUACACAAGGGAUCUUCUUAAACCUGCCACUCCUUUCCCAAAUCUCACUGUAUGAAAACCAGCUGGAGAGUCUGGGUCCAGGGGUGUUUGGGCCCAUGGCCGUGCAGGAGUUGUGGCUGUAUGACAACAAGCUGAGCCGUGUGGAGGAUGACACAUUCAAAAAUCUAACUCAGUUGCAUCUCCUGGUGCUCAGUCGCAACCAGAUCAGCUAUGUUUCUGCUGGGGCCUUUAGAGGGUUGGAGCAGCUGGGAGAGGUAUCACUUCACACCAAUCAGCUCACAACCCUGCAAGCUGGGACUUUCCAAGGUCUGCCCAGUCUGGUCAACAUUUCCUUGGAGCACAACUUCAUCAGCUCCCUUCCUCUGGGUUUUCUGCAGGGUCUGAACCACCUAGGACAGAUAGACUUGAGAAACAAUUCCCUUCCCAACCUGCCACAGGAAAUUCUAGAUGCGCUCACCGUGGCAGACGAAGUACUCCUGCAGCAGAACCCCUGGAGGUGUGACAAGGACAUUGUGCCCCUUAGGGAUUGGCUGAUACGGCAUCCAUCCAAGGCCAACCAAACCCUUGUGGUGUGUGAAGUACCUUUCAGUAUGAAUGGUGAGAUGAUUGCAGUGAUGACAAAUGAGAACCUGAUGCCUCUCAGCUCUACCAAAGAGCCUGUGUUGACCUCAACGGAGAAGAGGAGGAAACCCAAUACCCCUCCAACCAGACGAAGCACUUCCUCACCUGCUGUCAAGGCCACACCCACCGCAGAGCAUGAAGAGGUCACCAGCAGCGGACAAGGGGAAAAGGGAACGGUUUCUAAUGAUACUUUGAUCAUCCUCAUCAUCAUCGCAGUGGUGUCCACUGUCAUCAUCAGCACUGUCAUCAUCAGCUGUGUGUGCUGGAGGAGGAACAAGAGGGGCCGGGGAAAUAUAGGCCGCAGAAAUAAGAACUCUGUGCUGUAGACUAAAACACCCAACAUCAGUAACCCAAGAACUUUUAAAGCCAAGGGAAACUGCUCGCUGAUUAGUGUGGUUUACUUGGAAAAACUGGAGCAUAGAGUUGAUUUUAGAGUCUCAACGGCAUAGAAAGAACCUCUUCAACUCCUUCUUCUUCAGCUAGAACAAAUAAGUAAACAGAUUUUCUUUUGAAUUCAUUAGCAUUCAGUUUUUACUUAUCAAAUUUACCAACCAGGAAUGUGUGCUGUAAAAAGAGACACUCUUACACACUAACUGUAAAAACACCCACCUUGCAAUUAUGUGGGACACUGGGACAUUUUGAUGAAUGUAAACCCAAAUGCACUGAAACAGUGUACUUCUUUCAGUGAAAUUUAGACUGCACCCAGUAUUCUGUUCGAUGGUUUCUCAUUUUUCAGGAUUAAUUGUUGCAGUUUGACAAUGAUUUUUUGUGCUAACAACAACACAUUUAGAACAGUUUUACUUUUUCUGCAAAAGGACUAUCCAUACAAAAUCAAAGACAUAAUUCUUACUCCACUGUAACACAAUUCAAUGCAAAAUGUUUCUCUACAUUGAAUAAAUGCACUGCUUUUAGUGGGAGCAA